AUGUCCUCAAAGUUCAAGCAGCUACCCUCUAAUUGUUCAUUAGCCCAAUUUCUCACCAAACACGAUGAUCAGCUCCACAACGGGUUCAUAACUCGUCUAGAUCGUUCCUCUAUUCAUCUCAAGAGGUAUUCGUUACAAAUUGUAUCGUUGCAACGCGCCUUUCUUACCUCUUCUUUCAGAAUUUCAUUCCUCAAGGCUUUGACUAUAAACAUUUUUCUGUUGGCUUUCAUGGGAGGAUUGGCAAGUCUCAUCAUUUUCAAUGAUUUGUCUUUCUCCUCCCGAUUCUCCCUUCGACUGGGCGUCUGCAUCACAAAAGAUCUGCUCAUUUCCUGGGCCAUGAUUGUUAUGCUAAGCUCGACCACCGUCCCUUUUUUCUUGGGUGAAUGCCGACUUCGAUUCUGCUAUGGCUUCCGCAUCGCCGAAAUCGUCAUCAGAAAACCCCCGGCCUCAUUACACACCCGCCUGUCCGACCAACGCAUAGAAAAAUAUUGGCGCAUUGCUACUCGUGCCGUCAAUCCCAAACUACUCUAUUCCCGUGCAGGCGCGAUGUUGUCCAAAGACUAUUGGACUUUAGAGUACGCCACUGUCCUUGAUGCGUAUACCAGCAUUGGUAAGGGUGAAUUUAACGAAGAAGACCUGGAGUUUUCCAUUUGGAAGCAAGAGAACGGUGUGUGGAAUGCCUGCGAGUUGUGGAGGACGCACGAUAUCAUGACUGAUCAACAAGAAGUUAAUAUGUUCAAGGUGCUCUACUUCCCCACCUGCCAAACUCACGACUGA